ACUGCGGACAGCAAAAGAAAAAAAAAAUGGCUUUCUACGCCGACGAAGAAAAGGUCUGGAAAUGCGCAAAGCAUCCUUCGAAACGACACCGCAGUGGAAUCUGUCCCGUUUGUCUCCAAAACAAGCUAGCAUCUCUUUGCCCCGACUGCGCCCACACUCGUCCGUGCGCGUGCACCGCAACCUCUUCUUCUUCAUCAUCCUCAUUUUCCUCCUUCUCCUGCUUCUCAACCGCCGGUGAUGUCUCCGAUUUCGGAGCCGUAUUCCGAGUACCUAGUCUCAUCGGAACCGAGCCUGCGUUCCGGCGAUCCAGAUCCCUCGGGAUCUCUUUCCUCCGUUUGAAACCAGAGAAUUUGACCGAAAAGAACGAUUUAUCGGCGAGCAAGACGCCGUCGUUUUGGUCGAUGUUUAGAGGUAGUACUAACACGAGCAAGCGAUUCGACAGCGGGGUUCAUCGGAGAGAAGUCGAGAAAGAGAGUGUAACGACAGCGGUAGAUGAAAGGAUGAUGAUGAGGAAGUCGAGGUCGAUGGCGAUGGAGAUGACGUCACAUUCCGGAACCGGAGACUCGAAAUCCUCCACGUCGACGAAAGGGAAGGGAUGGUACCUCACGAGUCCGAUGAAGGUUUUGAGGCGAAGUAGGGUUUCGAAAUUCGUUUUCCGGCAGCAUUAGCCUGUGUUUCGAGGUUGAUUAGUGCAAGUGUUCCAUUAUUACUAUUAUUUGUUCUUUAUAUUUGUAUAGUA